AGUAAUUUUGAGACUUGAAAUGCUACUUUCACAAAAGCCCAUGGGAUGCUCGAAUCCGAAGCAGCCACCUAGCAAAUCCCUAUCCCAAGUUGGAGUUCCCAAAUCCAACCCUAGCCUGCCCGAUUUCCUUCCAUUCUUUUCCUCUAUGUAGAUCUUCCUACAGUUUCCCAGAUUUUUAUGAGGAUCUAUAUUGUUCAUCGUUAAUGCCUUCACAAUCUAUUGGAUGUGGCAGAAACCUUAAACCUGGUUCUUUGGUGAAGAGAUCCUUUGUAAUAACGGAUGAUUUCAGCUUUACCAGCAUAGCUCUUGAUGGAUCCGCCGGCCCAUAAUACUUCAUUGCAGCGCCUCCAAAAUGUGGAGAAGAGAAUUGUGAGGGUUUUAGAACUAGCAGGAGGAGUCAUGGAAGAGCUUGCCAACCCUGCUGGUCCAAGAAAGGAAUUUGUCAACAAUCAUUGCAGUGAGUUCAUGCAAUUCAUCAAGGAUAUCCAAGUUACAUUGCGGGAUGAAAUCAAAAGUGCAUGUGAAUAUCGUCCAUUUGAGAAAUGUGAUUAUAGUUCAAGGAUUACUAACGAACUUUGCUGCAAGAAACUGGAAUAUAUGGUUUCGAAGUUGGAUGGAAUGAAACAAACUAUUGAUGAUUAUCAAGUGAAAAUAGAAGAUUCUUGAGUCACAUGUCCUAGUGAGCUUCUAAUCUAUUUCUGCCACUUCCCCCAUUUGUAGAAACGAAAGGUUGAAGGAGAACUUCAGUCAUGUAUGUGUAUAAUUCAUCUCUAGUAGAGCUAAUAGCAUAGACUUUUGACUGUUGAUUCAUGCAAAGAUCCUACUAUAGUGUAUCUGUUUCAUUACCCUAUGAUUAUGAGUUUUUUAGUAUCAAUUUCGAGGUGACAAAAAUCCAAUUCCAGGUAGAUCUUCUAUCUCAAGGGAUGGCAAAACUAUUCCUUGUUUUUCCUUUAAUCUAUGGCCUUUUCUGUAUUUUUAUGUGGACCAUAUCUCAUUGGCUGUAUACAUUUUCUUUCAUUUGUUUUCGUCAUGGAGCCUGUCACCUUCUCACCUUCCCGAUAAUAAGCAGUUGUUUUUCUGGUUUACUUGGAACUGUUAGGCUGUUUGGUGAACCGGAAUGGAAUGAGUUUACAAUGCAAUGUACUCCAAAACCUAUGUUUGGAUUGAGUGUUUUGAGUCUGAUUUGUAAUACUAAACUUUAUUCAAUUCCGACAGUAUUUAACCCAA